CACACACACACCCUCGUGGGGCUGGUUUAUAUGCGGAAGCCUCAGUUCCGCUCUCUCCACUCCUCCAGGAAACUGACAAGCGACGGACCAAAGUCACGCUCCUCUCCCAGAGUCUGAGCACCGGACCCGGCUUCACGAGCGAGGUGAAUCAUGAGCAGCAGCUACAGCGUCUCCCUGGCUGGCCCUGCCCCCUGGGGCUUCAGACUGCAAGGAGGGAAGGACUUCUGUGUGCCCCUCACCAUCUCAAGGCUAACUGAUGGAGGCAAGGCGGUCCGAGCCAAGAUGACCGUCGGAGACAUCAUUCUGUCCAUCAAUGGCAUUUCCACUGACAGUAUGAACCACCUCGAGGCCCAGAACAAGAUCAAGGCCUGCUCAGGCAAUCUCAACCUCACUCUACAGAGAGCCUCCAGUGUCCCUAAAGAUGGAGCACCUAAGGACGAGCCUCAGGAAAUCAUUAAGCCUGUGCCGAUCACUCACCCUGCCCCGAGCUCCCCAUACAUCAAGCCCUUGAGUCAGCCUAACCCUGCAUACAACAAGACGGCCCGGCCAUUCGGGGGCGGCACCUCUUCCCCGGCUGCCUCCAAAGUAGCCUCCAUUCCGUCCGAAUCGUCUGCUUUCACUCCUGCUGCUCCCUCCCAGCCACCGCAGCCUCCAUUUCCGCUCAAGUCCAGCCACCUUGCUCCAAACUCAGCUCCGGCGGUUAACUCCACCUUCACGUCCCCAACCGCCUCUUCCUCCUCAUCUAACUCCUCAUCCCCUGCCAGAGUGACAGCCUCCAAUCCCAAUGUGCCGCAGUCCUCCGUCUAUAACACACCUAUCAGCCUCUACUCUAACGCCAAUGCCUGUGAGGUGGCUAUGGGCCAGAGACGAGGUCUUUUGGAGAGCCAGGGUCUGUCAGAGCACUUCAACGGGAAACCUGUUGUAGAGGCAGAGAUUCCCGUGUCUCCAGUGAGCGACGCCAGCAAGAAGCGUCUGAUUGAGGACACAGAGGACUGGCACCCAAGAACGGGCACCUCCCAGUCCCGCUCCUUCCGUAUCCUGGCCCAACUCACCGGCACUGAAAAUGAAAAAGUUCCAGAGAACAAUGGAAAAAACGAGGCCUUUGACAAAGCCACUCCUGCUGUGCACACGUCCCCGGCAGCAAAAACUUUUUCCAAAUCUGCAGCAGCUCCCAGGAACGGCAACGUUGUCCCUGCGUCCACAUUCAAGAGCCCUGCAGCCAUGAACAAGCCCUCGCACCAGUCUGGAGCUUCACCAGGUUUUCCAAAGGGUGGAGCCGCUCCUUCAUUUGGCAAAGUGACUGGUUCUGCUCCCAAGGGACCCGAACGCCCCACCCCGCAGCCACAUCCAGAGGACCUCAACUCUGUGGUGCAACGGGCCGAGCACAUCCCGGCCGGUACACGCACCCCGAUGUGCAGCAAGUGCAACACUGUCAUCAGGGGGCCAUUCCUUGUGGCCAUGGGCAUGUCGUGGCACCCGGAGGAAUUCAACUGUGCUCACUGCCAUUCCUCCCUGGCAAACCGAGGAUUUGUGGAGGAGAAGGACCAUGUGUACUGCGAAUACUGCUAUGAGCAAUUCUUCGCCCCCGCCUGCUCCCGCUGCAGCCAGAAGAUUUUGGGGGUUAGUCAUGAAACUGAAAAAAUGCUUACUGUCUCCAAAUGA